AUGCACAUUUUACUGAUAUUUUGUACACUUUUACUCGUUGGAACAAGUAUUGGAGAACACGUAACUGUCACUUAUCAUUAUUGGGAGAAAAAUGACAAGAUAGUAGAGAGAGUGGAAUGGUUCACAAAGUUUGUGGCGAAUUCGAAUAGAUUCUGGACGAGUAAUUUGGUUUAUUUGCAGCAGAAUGAUAAGGUUGAUAGGAUUCAGAUUUCUAGUGAAAGUUGGAAGUCUGCAACUGUGGAGGAUACGAUAACAGAAAUGGAUCAUCUCGACAGCUUCUUUGUUUCACUUUUCCAAAGAUUCGCUGACAAACUGUACACGAAUCUUGCGUUGGAUAGUCUUCCAGUGUUUGACCCUUCCGUAUUCCAAAAAUCCUACCACGCCUAUGAAAACUACGAGAUCAAUGCGCAAAGUGUGGACACCUUUAAAUUCGACUAUUGGCUGAAAAUCUCUGACGAAGGGGGUCAACGUGGCAAUCGGCAUGUCUUCGCGUUGUUGACUAGGAAAGAAUCCUUCGAGCAAUGGGAAGCCAUCAUGACGUUUGUCGACUCACUGAAACGUAGUAAUCAGAAGGGAUACAUUGUGGAUUGUGGGAAAGAGAACACUGUCUGCCCGACCACUGAAAAUACCGAUAUUCCAGUGCUCUACGUUUUCCGAGACGAUGAAAUUCAACUGGUUUAUGAUGGAGACUUUCAGAAGGAUCAUGUCUAUGAUUGGAUGUUAACAAUCAAGCAACCCGAAAUAAAACUUCUCAAAGAAGAAAUCGUUCCCCAGUACCGUAGUGGUAUCAUUCCUGGAUUCGACCGUCCGAGAGAUACCGUAACCAUCCUUUUCAUCCAUACGAAGAAGUCUAAAAUCUGGCAGAAUUAUGUGAAGUUUGCCAAGGAAAAUUAUGGAAAAUAUCAUUUGACAGCAUUGAUUUCCGAGGAGGUUAAGAAAUGGUCCAUCUAUCCUGCUUUCAUCACCAUGAAGCCUCAAGAUGACUAUGUGAAAGCCUUCACACUUCAUAAGGAUAUCGACUGGAACCGAAUGGUGGAGUACCUGGAGGACGGCGUUCAUCCUGGGUGUCAUCCGAUGACGUGUGCUAGUGAAUUUCUGUUCGCAACUAGCACAGCAAAGCCAUUAGUGGUGUAUUUCGACCCGCUGAACACCAAAAAUGCAACAGCUUUCAAAAUGGCUGCUUCGCAAGAGCAAACAGGAGUUCGAUCUGCUCAUUUUGCCGCUGUCACCGGAUUCGACCUAUUUGGCUUGUAUAUCAUGAGUGUUUUCAAUGUGAAUACACCCAGUUAUGUCGUGAUUUUGAGACAAGAAAAAGGGUGGUGUAUUUUUUCAAGAGAUAUCGAAAAUGACACUUUCUCCAGUAUAAGAACAUGGGUGCGAAAUUUGGAGCCGACUAUUUGCCCUGAUUUUAUCGAAGAUUUCAAGUUCCCAAUUACUCGGCUCAAUCUUCUAGAACGAUAUGAAGACGUAGAUGAACUGGAAAGAGAGCACACUUCGGUUGAGAGGAAUAGAGACGAAUUAUAG